AUGGAAGGUUUCGCGCCUCUUUCAAUUUGUGCUCGAAUUGCCAAGAGUCUGUUGGUUGAACUCACCGAGGAUGUUGGUUCACAACUCCGCCUCGAGCGUAGUGCCAGUGUCGAAGGACGGCAGAUGGGCCAAGGCCGAGCCCUCGACAUCGGGAGGAAGCCAAAAAUUGCCGACGUUCCAGUUCCCCGAUGCCGAUUUGACUGA